CAAUAAGAACAGUAAAAAUGCAGGCAGGGCACAGGACAAAGCACUAGGGACAAUGGUAUUAGUGAAUGUCAGUUUUUAAAAUGUUAAAAUUUCCCGCCGGUUCCAGCCCCCGUACGUCCUGACGCUCGCAGGGACCUGGAAGAUGGAUGCCGGCAUCGGCUGGAGGAGAUGGCCGGGGACGCUGCAGGGGACAAAUUUCAGGAGCGCAGGACAAGGUAAGUGCUGCAGGGAAUCCCUGAGCAACGCUGCAGGGUAUUCCCGAGUGUAGCUCGGGGUUACCGCUUUUGGUACUGAAA